AUGAAUCCCCUGAGAGUGCUCAGCGUGGUCGCCUGCUUGGCGAUGGCUGCAAUGGCCUCGCCCACAAGCACCGCCAACCAGUCGUUGAAGCCAAUGGAGUGGCUGACGCCCCGCGAACUGGAGGCUAUUCCCGCUGUUGAUGAGCUGACGCUGGACCGUUUGGAGAGCAUGCCUCUCCAGAAGGGCGCCGAGCUUUUGCAGCAAGUGUACCACUUGUCGCAGAUCAACCACGAUGUGGAGCCCAACUAUGUGCCCAGCAACAUUCAGGUGUACUGGCCCCAGCCCAACGGUGAGAAGAUUGUUGCCCCCUUCAACGAGAUGAUCCAGCGUCUGAAGCAGCAGCAGAACUUCGGCGAGGAUGAGGUGACCGUUAUUGUGACCGGUCUGCCCAACACCGUUGAGACCGUCAAGAAGGCCAACCGCAAGCUUGUCGCCGCCUACAUGCAGCGUUACAACCUGCAGGCUCAGCAGCAGCAGGCCCAGAAGUACACCAACGAUUUAGAUGAUGAGACCAAGAACAAGAACCAGCGCAGCUCCAGCGAGGAGGACUACAAUGAGCUGGCCAAGAAUGCCAACACCAACACCGGCGACAUCAUCGUCAUCGAUUUGGGCUCCCAGCUGACCACCUUCAAGCGCUACGCCAUGCUCGACAUUGAGAAGACCGGCAACAAGAUCGGCAAGUGGAUCGCUCAGCUGACCAGCGAACUGAGACUGCCCUAUGAGACCAUCCACAUGAUCGGCCAGAAUGUUGGUGCCCAUGUUGCCGGCGCUGCCGCCAAUGAGUUCACCCGCCUUACCGGACACAAGCUGCGUCGCGUUACCGGCUUGGACCCCAGCAGCAUCAUCGCCAAGUACCGCAACACUCUGAUCGGCCUGGCCCGCGGCGAUGCCGAGUUCGUUGAUGUUAUCCACACCUCAGUCUACGGCAUGGGCACCCCCAUCCGCAGCGGCGAUGUUGACUUCUACCCCAAUGGCCCCUCGACCGGUGUUCCCGGCGCUGACAAUGUUGUGGAGGCUACCAUGCGUGCCACCCGCUACUUCGCCGAGUCUGUCCGCCCAGGCAAUGAGCGCGCCUUCCCCGCCGUACCCGCCAACUCGCUGAAGCAGUACAAGGAGAACGAUGGCUUCGGCAAGCGCGCCUACAUGGGCAUCGAUGCCGCCUACGACAUUGAGGGCGACUACAUGCUCCAGGUCAACCCCAAGAGCCCCUUCGGUCGCAACGCCCCUGCCCAGAAGCAGAGCAGCUACCACGGCAUGCACACCGUCUGGCAAAACGAGAAGAGCUUCCAAUAA